AAGGCGGAGAGUUCUGGCCGGGGGCGAGGCCACCCUCCUCGGCCAGAGAGCCCUCCACGCACCCCUUGGGCCCUUCCCGGAGCCGUGGGGGGAUUAGGAGAGGAGCCUGACCGCGGGGCUCUGGGUUCCCUCUGCCUCCGUAAAGGGGACGAGAGCGGCGGGUGUCCUCGUCUGACCCCGGCUGCCAGCCAGGGAAAGGGGAGGGAGGGAGGGGCUCCAGGGGAGGAAGGAGGAACCCGAGCGGAACCGGGAGGAGGAGAAGCAGAAGAAGGAAGCAGCAGCAGGAGGAGGAGGAGGAGGAAGAGCCAUGCGGAGCAGGAGCAACUCCGGGGUCCGCCUGGACGGCUACGCGCGGCUGGUGCAGCAGACCAUCCUCGGGCACCAGAACCCAGUGACUGGCCUGCUUCCGGCCAGCGUUGACCAACGGGACGCCUGGGUGCGGGACAAUGUCUACAGCAUCCUGGCCGUCUGGGGCCUGGGCCUGGCCUACCGCAAGAAUGCCGACCGUGACGAGGACAAGGCCAAAGCCUAUGAACUGGAGCAGAGUGUGGUGAAGCUGAUGCGGGGCCUCCUCCAGUGCAUGAUACGCCAGGUGGACAAAGUGGAGGCCUUCAAGUACAGCCAAAGCACCGCGGAUGCCUUGCACGCCAAGUACAACACCGGCACCUGCGCCACCGUAGUGGGGGACGACCAGUGGGGCCACUUGCAGCUGGACGCCACCUCCCUCUUCUUGCUGAUGCUGGCACAGAUGACAGCCUCUGGGCUUCACAUUAUCCACAGCUUGGACGAAGUGACUUUCAUCCAGAACCUUGUCUUCUACAUUGAAGCAGCCUACAAGACCGCUGACUUUGGGAUAUGGGAACGUGGCGACAAGACGAACCAAGGUAUCACAGAGUUGAAUGCCAGCUCAGUGGGCAUGGCAAAGGCAGCCCUUGAGGCCUUGGAUGGCCUCAACCUCUUUGGAGUCAAGGGAGGGCCCCAAUCGGUGAUCCAUGUGCUGACCGAUGAAGUCCAGCACUGCCAGUCCAUUUUGCACUCCAUGCUGCCAAGGGCUUCCACUUCCAAGGAGAUCGAUGCCAGCCUCCUCUCGGUCAUCUCUUUCCCGGCGUUUGCAGUGGAAGACAGUGAGAUUGUGGAGAAAACGAAGGAGGAGAUCAUCACCAAGCUUCAGGGCCGUUAUGGUUGCUGCCGAUUCCUCCGGGAUGGAUACAGGACCCCCAAAGAGGACCCCAACCGCCUCUACUAUGAGCGGGCCGAACUGGCGCUCUUUGAGAACAUUGAAUGUGAGUGGCCUCUUUUCUGGACCUAUUUCAUCAUCGAUGGCAUCUUCAGUGGCAAUCUGGAACAGGUUCAGGAAUACCGAGAAGCCCUGGAAGGGGUCCUGGUGAAAGGGAAAAAUGGGCUUCGGCUGGUUCCAGAACUCUACAGUGUCCCUUUGGAGAAGGUCGAGGAAGAGUACUGCAACCCGCACACUGCCGACCGAGCUCCGCAGGGCAAGCUGCCUCUGAUGUGGGGCCAGUCCCUGUAUAUCCUGGGCUGCCUCAUGGCAGAGGGGUUUCUGGCUCCGGGAGAAAUUGACCCUCUCAACCGCCGGUUGGCAACAGUUCCCAAGCCUGACGUGGUGGUUCAGGUUUGCAUCCUGGCUGAGACGGACGCCAUCAAGGCCAUCUUGCGGAAGGAGGGCAUCGAGGUGCAGACGGUGAUGGAUGUCCAUCCCAUCCGUGUGCAGCCAGCAAGGAUCCUCAGCCACAUCUAUGCCCGGCUCGGCCGCAACAAGCGGAUGAACCUGAGCGGCCGUCCCUUCCGGCAGAUGGGCGUCCUGGGGACCUCCCGGUUCUACGACAUCAGGGACAAUAUCUUCAUCUUCACCCCACAGUUCAUGGACCUGCAGCAGUUCUACCUGGCUCUUGACAACAAGAUGAUUGUGGAGAUGCUCCGGACGGACCUAUCCUACCUGUGCAGCCGCUGGAGGAUGACGGGGCGCCCCAUCGUCACCUUCCCCAUUUCUCACACCAUGCUAGAUGAAGCAGGCACCAGCAUCCACCCAACUGUCCUGGCCACACUGCGGAAGCUACAGGAUGGAUAUUUUGGAGGGGCAAGGAUCCAGGCGGGUAGGUUGUCCGAGUUCCUCACGACUUCGUGUCGCACCCACCUCAGCUUCAUGGAUGCCGGCCCGGCGGGUAAGCUCUUUGCUGAUGACUAUGGGCUCAGCCGUGACAGCUUCCACGAUUUAGGCCCCGAGGACUGGCUGCAUGGCUUUCGAUUGGUGGAAGAUGACGACAUUUGUGAUGAAGUUGCCCAGUAUCUGGACCACCUACUACAGCAGACAGCUCCCAAGGCCUCCAAGAGUCCAGCAGCCACUCAAAAAGGGGGCCUGCACCGCUUCCGGGCCGCUGUCCACAGCACCCGCGACAUCAUGUCUCUGGUCUCCAAGGCCAAGGAGCUGCAUGUAGAGAAUGUUGGCAUGUAUAUCCCCUCCAAGCUCUUCCAGGAAUCCCAUGCAUCUCUCAAUUUACUUGGUUCAACCCAGCAGCAGGAAACAAAGCCAUUCUCUCCAAUGGAGCUUGACCUCCCGAAGGACGCAGAAGGGAACGUGGAUGGCCGGGCGAUCGUGGAGCAGCUGCGCGCCUGCCAAACUCUACAGGAUCAGGCCAACUGGCUUUAUGUGCUCUACAAUCUCAAGGGCCCAGACUGGGACACCCAGGUCUAUGGUGAACCAGGCUCCACCGUCAAUGACCUCCUCUUGGAACUGUAUGGCAAAGUCAGUGCAACCCGGCAGUGGGCCCUGAUCCGCUACAUCUCUGGGAUCCUGAAGAAGAAAGUGGAGGCUCUCGAUGAGGCCUGCACAAACCUGCUCUCUCACCAGAAGCACUUGACCGUGGGGCUGCCCCCAGAGCCAAGGGAGAAGACCAUCUCUGCGCCACUGCCGUACGACCAGCUCACCCGCCUGAUUGACGAAGCCAGUAAGAAAAACAUCACAGUCUCUGUCUUGACACAGGAGAUUAUGGUCUACUUGGCCAUGUACAUCCGGACGCAGCCGGCCCUCUUUGCCGAGAUGUUCCGCCUGCGCAUUGGGCUCAUCAUCCAGGUGAUGGCCACAGAGCUGGCCCAGUCGCUCAGCUGCUCAGCGGAGGAAGCCACUGAGAGUUUGAUGAAUCUCAGCCCUUCCCACCUGAAGAGUCUCCUGCACCACAUCCUCAGUGGCAAAGAAUUUGGGGUGGAGAGGAGCGUGAGAGUCACAGAUCCAACAAUGGCCCCUGCAGUUUCCAUCCGUGAAGUUGGUCCUGUCGGAGCCACGAAAACCGAGCGGGCUGGCAUAGUCCGGUUGAAGAGUGAGAUUCAACUGCAACUGGACAGACGCAGGCAGUCUGUGCCUGAUGUUCAGUCGAGUAGCUUGCAUUUCUUGGAAGCCGGCACAGAACCUUCCCAGUUCCCUCCGAGGGAAAGGACUCUCUCGGGAAUGCUGGAGGAAGGCCUUGCCAAGGACACGCGCCAGGGGCAAUGGCAGCGGCGGCGGAGGCUGGAUGGGUCCCUCAACCGGGUCCCUGUGGGGUUUUAUCAGAAGGUCUGGAGGAUCCUGCAAAAGUGCCACGGACUCUCCGUUGAAGGUUUCAUUCUUCCUUCUUCCACAAUCAAAGAGAUGACUCCGGGAGAGAUCAAGUUUGCUGUCCACGUGGAGUCUGUCCUCAAUCGGGUUCCUCAGCCAGAGUACAGGCAGCUCUUGGUGGAGGCCAUUCUGGUCCUGACCCUCCUGGCUGAAGUGGACGUCCACAGCAUUGGUGGUCUCAUCGCCGUAGACAAAAUCGUCCGCAUCGCCAGUGACUUGUUCUAUGAGGAACAGAAAAUCCUGGGAGCGGAGGACAACAUGCUGGAGAGGGACCCGGCCACAGGCAUCUGCACUUUGCUCUAUGACAGUGCCCCAAGUGGCCGCUACGGCACCAUGACCUACCUCUCCAGAGCCGUAGUCACCUAUGUCCAGGACUUCCUCCCCAGCAGUGGCUGCACCAUGCAGUGAGUGGUCCCAGUGGGGCUUCUCAGCACAAGUCACCAGGACUGUGGCAAGAGCGAGGGCCAACCUGCUGCCUCCUUGGCAAGUGAACUCGCAUUUGACGGGUCCCAUCCUCUCACCUAGGACAGGACUCUCCCUCAGACCUGAGUGCAAAUUCUUUUGCUGCUACAGCCCCUGGGGCAAGUGGAAACUUUGCUUGGAUGCCAAUGCUGCACAUGCAGAAGCCUUUUUGCUCCAAGACACAGAGCUCUGCUUCUCAUCCAGAGGCUUCUAGUCUUGAUCCAGCCAGACACUUGAGCACUGCUUUGGAUGGCUGUGAGGGGAAUUUAGAGGCAAAGGACUGUGUGGUUCUGUCUCCUGCUUCCCCAGGUCUGCUUUUGUAGGGGUUACAGACCCACAAAUAAGAUGUUAGCAAACACACAGUGGCAAUAACAGAGCUGUGCUUGUUAGCCUUUUUCCAUGUGUGAGCCGUUCAGCUGCUGCCCUGCAGAAUGAGUUUAGCUCCUUCUCACAGGCAGCUGUAGACUUUGGGGUUUUCUCUCCAUGGGAUUUUGCCUGUUGGCAGUGUGACUUGAAUGAAAGAGCAGGGCUGCUUCUGUUGCCGUUGAAUGAUCUUGAAGUCUUUCCCCAGGUCCCUUCUCAAGUGCCUUUCAGUGAAUGUAAUCUUGUAUCUACAGUAUAAACUCCAGUCCUAAUAUAAGUGACAUCUUCCCGCUUGCUCUGAAAGAGAAAUGCCCAAGCCUUUGUCAGUAUGGAUUAGAUGAGAAGGCGACAAACCUCUUGAUACAAGAAGCUUCAGGAACAAAGGUUUUUCUCCAAGGCAAAACAAAAACCACGUCUGAUGCACUCCAUAGAAAGCAAGAGCUCCUCAAGUGGGAUGGGAUCUCCUUUUUCUUUUUAUUGGAGGACUUUAAUACACUUUCCUUCCUGGGUUUCCUGAGACCGAAAGCAAGAAGAUCUGAAUUAAGUUGAUUUUCAGGAUGUGGGAGCAUUACUCUGCCUUUCGUUUCAGGGACUGUGGAUGCUUCAUCUUGUGUACCAGCUUGACAAAAGGCAGCCCAAAGCUUUGGAAGAGCUGGAAAACACUUGGCAAGCAGGGAAAGUACAUGUGCCAGUAGGAUUAUAUGUGUGAAAAGGGUGAGAGGGAGGGAGGGAGGGAGGGAUUGGUGUGUGUGCGUGUGAGAGAAGUCUUUCUUGCCAAAUCUGAUCCUUUUCUGGGAGGAAAGAGUUCACUGAUAAUCACAAGGCGGCUUUGAAACCCCAGGAGAGUUGCCAGUUGCAGCUUUAGGAAGCGUUUUCUGCCUCGCGCCUUUGGGACUCCUGGGGAGAAAGGGGUUCCUGAAAAUGAGCUGCUCCCUUUCAUUUUUCAUGUUUCAAAGCAACUGAGCUGCACUCCGAUCAAUGUGUUUGUUUCUCUAAAGUGCCAAUAUUUUUAUGCCAGAGAGCAAGGGGGGUGGCCAUCGGAUCCCAAGCUGGAGGGCUCCUUUGGAGCAAUGCCUUGCAUCCCAGUGAUUCUGGGGCUGUUUGUUUUCCUUCUCAAUGCACUUUCAGGAUUGUUUACCAUCUUACCCUAUUGUACUGUUUUCUCUCCAAGAGCCAGACAGCUUUUGGAAGUCCCAAUAUUUUGAGCGUGUUUUGUUUGCCGUUUCAUUCACUCCCCGAGUGUGUGGCAUUGAGAUGCAAACCACACUUAGGCAUUGGUUUCGAUCUCUAAUACGAGUAAAGUGCUAACGCUGUGCCAUUUGGAAUCGGUUUGGAUGACUUGAAAAGCCUAUAAUAAAAACAUCUCCAUUUCAUGAUA